AUGGCGGCCAAUCGACUUCCUUGUGGAGAACUUCCUUGUCCUCGGUGUGGCAAAUGUCGUAGUUUUGAGCAUUUUGCUGCUGCUAUUUAUGUUAUUCGUACUCGUUUACCUGGUCUUAAUGUUCGUGAUAUUCUUACUAGUUUUGCUGCUGAUAGUCCUAUUGCUCCUUUUCGUGGUCCUCUUGCUGCUUUUCGUGCGGUUGCUCUUGCUGCUAUUACUGCUGCUGGUGGUGGUGCUGCUGGUGCUCUUAUUGCUGGUUUUCUUGAAGCUAUUGAUCGUGCUGGUGGUAUUGAUGAUGCUCUUGCUGCUAUUCAUCCUCCAGUGAAUGGCCGACUUAUUCCAAUUCGCGGUAAUGAACUAGAUUCAUAUUUCAAUGCAUUAAUAGAUAAGAGCAUUCAACUUCUAAUGGGCAUCAUUCAAUUUCCUGUCGCUAUCGUAUCUCAAAGUGAUGAAACUCAAAUCGAAUGGGUUCCACCUUCCAGAUGUGUCCUUGUACANUCGUCUUCUCUUCGUUUGGCUGACGAUCUAACACCGAUUCAAACACUCAACUAUUUCCUCAGACUUAUUCCAAUUCGCGGUAAUGAACUAGAUUCAUAUUUCAAUGCAUUAAUAGAUAAGAGCAUUCAACUUCUAAUGGGCAUCAUUCAAUUUCCUGUCGCUAUCGUAUCUCAAAGUGAUGAAACUCAAAUCGAAUGGGUUCCACCUUCCAGAUGUGUCCUUGUACAAGAUCCAUUCAUUCGUAAAAUUCUCUCACAAGAUUUGCUUAUUUCACAUUUUAAUAGUUAUUAUCUUCACAAACAACUAAUACUCGAAUGUGAUGAACAAAUUCUAAUAAAAUUAGGUUGUCGACGACUUGAUCUUCCUGCUAUUACACGACUUAUUCAAGCAUUAUACAAACAGCAACAAGAGCAUUCAACCAAGACAUCGAGCAUUGAACAAAAUGAGUGUCUAUCGACGAUGAUACAAAUAGAUUUAUUCAAACGAACUGAAUUUGUAUUUUAG